AUGUCAUCUUUCUGUACAGCUACAAAUGGCGUUGCCCCAGCGGCACCAACCCGCGCCCCAGCGCCUGUCCCGAAUGGCAAGGCUGCGUCCCCUGUUGAUGAGAUACCACAAAGCGUGAGCUCGACUGAUCCAAAAAUUGCUGCGCAACAAGCCACCGAUAUGAGGAACAUCGUCAGAAGAAAGUUGACUGGCUACGUUGGAUUUGCAAAUCUACCUAAUCAAUGGCAUCGCAAGAGUGUCCGAAAAGGAUUCAACUUCAAUGUCAUGGUUGUUGGUGAAUCUGGACUCGGAAAGUCUACAUUGGUCAAUACCCUCUUCAACACGUCGCUCUACCCGCCAAGGGAGCGCAAAGGACCAAGUCUCGACAUCAUCCCAAAAACUGUAUCGAUACAAUCCAUAAGCGCUGAUAUUGAGGAGAAUGGCGUUCGUUUACGCCUGACUGUUGUUGAUACCCCUGGUUUUGGUGAUUUCGUCAACAACGACGAGUCUUGGCGACCAAUUGUGGAUAACAUUGAGCAACGCUUCGAUGCCUACUUGGAUGCCGAGAACAAGGUUAACCGCAUGAACAUUGUUGACAACAGAGUUCACGCCUGUGUGUACUUCAUCCAGCCAACUGGCCACGCUUUGAAGCCGUUGGACAUUGAGGUUAUGCGCAGACUUCAUACGAAGGUCAACUUGAUUCCAGUGAUUGCCAAGGCUGAUACGAUGACCGACGAGGAGAUUCUGGCUUUCAAAUCCAGAAUCCUCGCCGAUAUCAAGCACCACGACAUUCAAAUCUUCGAGGGACCGCGCUACGAGCUUGACGAUGAUGAGACGAUUGCGGAGAAUAACGAGAUUAUGUCGAAGGUCCCCUUUGCUGUGGUCGGCGCCAACUCUGAGAUCACCAAUGCCGAUGGGCGAAAGGUCCGAGGACGCAAAUACCCCUGGGGUAUCAUUGAGGUGGAUAACGAGGAACACUGCGAUUUCGUCAAGUUACGCCAGAUGCUUAUCCGAACACACAUGGAGGAACUCAAGGAGCACACCAACAACGCGCUGUACGAGAACUACAGAUCCGAGAAACUCACUGCUAUGGGUGUUGCACAAGAUCCAAGUGUCUUCAAGGAGGUCAACCCCGCCGUCAAGCAAGAAGAGGAGCGCACAUUGCACGAGCAGAAGCUUGCCAAGAUGGAAGCCGAGAUGAAGAUGGUCUUCCAGCAGAAGGUUGCCGAGAAGGAAAGCAAGUUGAAGCAGAGCGAAGAAGAGCUGUAUGCCCGCCAUCGCGAGAUGAAGGAACAACUCGAACGCCAACGAAUGGAGCUGGAGGAGAAGAAAUCGAGGAUUGAGAGCGGACGACCGUUGGAGGAGAAGGGAAAGAGGAAGGGCUUCUCGCUUCGUUAA